AUGAAGAAGGGAAGAAAGAAGGGACCGCCAUCGCGGCUGCUGAUGCCGAGAACGGUGGGACGGCACAGGAGGAGCGGCUCGGACCCAUCGUCGCUGUCGGACAGCGUCCUGUCCUCGGAGCUAGACGGCAAGUUCCCGCGCCCGCUUGGGACGCCCCAGACGCUUGAGACGCUUCAGCUGCCUGAAAUACUUGAGCUGAUUGAGGUGCCCGAGACGCCCGAGACGCCUGAGUUUGAGGUGCUUGACGAGACGCUUGAGAGGCCUGAGAUGCUGGAGAUGCCUGAUAUGCCUGAAGUGCUUGAGAUGCCUGAUAUGGCUGAGUUGCUUGAGAUGCCUAAUACGCCUGAGAUGCCUGAUACGCCUCCAUCUCUGCCUCCGCCUCUACCUCCUCCUAUACCUCCUCCCCUCCCUCUCCACCGCCUGCCCGGUACACCUCCACCUCCGCCACCGCCGCUCGCACCGAUGCUUUCUACUGUGCUGGUGCUGAGCCGCGGGCUGGGGGAGCGGCUUGGGGAGGACUGUGGGAAGAGCGAGAUUAGGAAGAGUGUGAAGGUUUUGGAGGAGGUGAAGAGUAAUUUGGCGGGAGAUGAUGAGGGAUCGGUGGUGGUCCCGAAAGAGGAGGUGGUGGACCAGAAAGAGGAGGAAGUAUCUCAGAAAGAAGAAAUGGUACCCCAGAAGGAGGAGGUAGUUGCCCAGAAAGAGGAGGUGGUGGGACAGAAGGAAGAGGAAGUGGUUGCCCAGAAAAAGGAGGUGGUUACCCAGCAAGAGGAGGUGGCUGUCGAGCAAGAGAAGGAGGUGGUUGUCAAGCAGGAGAAGGAGGUUGUUAUUGAGCAAGAGAAAGAGGUGGUUGCUAAGCAAGGAAAGGAAGAGACAGUUGAGCAAGGAAAGGAGGUGGUUGUCAAGCAAGAGAAGGAAGUGACAGCUGAGAGGGAGACGAUCAAAUGGGAGAUGCCAAAGGUCAGACUAAAAAAGGAGAGGCAGAAGAAGGUUGUUCCCGGGAAGCUGAGAUACUUUGAGGGGAUUCCAUUGGUGGAGGGGGAGAACAAGAAGGAGCUGACGGGCUGGAGCAGGUGGGAGGAGAGGGAGAAGACGGUGUCUGUGGUCGUCCCCGAGGGUGUCCAGGAGAAGUGUCUGCAGUGCAGAGUCAGGAAACUGAGGUGCACGCUGACGAAGAAGCUGGUCGCUCCGAGAGGGGACGGGACCUGGAGAGAAGGACCCUGCUGGCGAUGUGUCCAGCACGGGGAUGGGCACGAGUGUCUGAUCAAGCCUGGCCCGGCGGGCUGGGAGUUUGCCGAGAAGGACUUCACCGUGCUCCCGUACGACCCGACGGCUGAUUUCUAUGUCAGGGUGACGAAGGAGCGAGAAAUCGAGCUGGUCAAUUUCAGAGAGGAGGGGAGACAGCGAGAGAUUCUGGAGAAGUGGACCGAGCGGGAUGAGAAGGUUGUGGUAGAUACCAUAGCCAACUGCACCGGCAAGGUGAAGAUAUCUGCAUUCGCGCCUCCAAGACCUCGAAACCGAAAGGAACUAGAUCCAUUCUCAUACGGGGAAGGUACUACUGUUAUUCUUAGAAGAUCAGUUUAG